AUGAGUUCAUAAUAAAAGUUCUUUGUAGUGAGAAUCAAAUGCUAUGAGUUAAAUCCAAUUCAAAAUGUAAGUGAAAUAAAUUCUGUUGUUAUUGUUAAAGAAUAAGCUGAUAACAAAUGUAAGAAUUACAAACUUAUUUUUUAGGGAAUGAAAAGGGUAAAACAGAGAUUUAAUUAAAUUAAAGAAACCCUUAAUUUAGUACAUCUAUCUAAUUGAAUUAUUAAUUCGAAAUAUCAUAUAAAGUCUUAUUUGAGGUUUAUAACUGUCAAUAAGAAAAGAGACAUGUAAAUAAUUUAAAAAUAUUCCAGUUAAUUGGGUACACAGAAGUGAACAUUUAAACUUUAUUAGCAGCUAAGGAUUAGAUCUAUUAUACAGAUAUUUGUAAUAAAAGUAAGAAAGUUGGAAGAAUAGUAAUCAUUGGAGAAUAUUAGAAGUAUAAAAAUGAUAUGGUUGAGUUGAUAUUAUGUAAAACUAAUCUAUUAUCUUUAGCUGCUGAAUCAUUAAGUAGGAAGUGUUGCAUCUUCAAUCUAUCUCCCUCUUAACCAUAUAUUAAAAUCUCAAGAACCUUUCAAGACACUAAUGAAUCUAAUUUAGUAUAUCAAUCUGAACCUAUUAAAUAUCCUGAAAGAAGAACUUGGUAUCAAUUUUAAAUAUAUAUGAUAGGCCUGAGAUUAAAAAAAUGGCUAGAGAUAUUUGUAAUAAUGAUAGUGAUGCUGUAUUAUAAAUAGAUAUUUAUGAUAAAGGAAGAAGCAAUGAUAUUUAUAUAGGAUCUGUCAAUUUAUCAAUAUCUUAAAUGUUAGACAAGAAAGGUUAUAGAAAUUUAUAACAUAAGGGAAAUUAAUCUAUAAUAGGAUAAUUAAGCAUUUAAAAAUGUCUAUUUAGAGAAAUACCUACUUUUGAAUAAUAUUUAUAGGAAGGUUUAUAAUUGAAUCUUAUGAUAUCUAUUGAUUUUACUGAUUCUAAUUUAGAACCUACAAAUCCUUAAAGUUUACAUUAUUUUGAUGUAACUAACAAAAGACUUAGUUAAUAUGAAUAAGCAUUAAGAAAUGUCUCAGAAAUCUUAAUUUAAUAUGAUCAUGAUAAAAGAGUUCCUUUAUUUGGUUUUGGAUUUGAAAUGAAUGGUAAAGCACAUCAUUGUUAUCCUUUGAAUCAUAAUUUAGAAGAUCCAGAGUAAAAUAUUAAAUAUAUAUAAUAGAGUUGUAAAUAUAUUAGGAUUAUUUCAAACUUAUAGAAAUUUUGUUGGAACAGUUAAAUUUUCUGGACCUACAUUAUUUAGACCAACAUUAAAAGAAGCAAUGAAAACAGCUAAAGGAUUUAAAGAUGCAGGAAGUGAAAAAUAUGUUGUAUUGGCUAUUUUAACAGAUGGUAUUAUAAGUGAUUUUGAUGGUUCAUUUGAAAUGAUAGUAGAUUGUUGUGAAUUACCAAUUUCAAUUAUUAUUAUUGGUAUUGGAGAUGCUGAUUUUACAUUAAUGGAAAGAUUGAAUAAUAAUGAAUUAAAUGAAAUUGAUUCAUAAGGUAGAAAGGCAACAAGAGAUUUAGUUAAAUUUGUAGUUUUUAAUAAUUAUAAAAAUGAAUAAAAGAAAUUUGCUUAAGAAGUGUUAUCAGAAUUACCAGAUUAAGUUGUUAAUUAUAUGUCAACUAUUGGAAAAAUGCCAGGAAAUCGAGAAUAGAAAUAAUAACCUUUCAUUGUUUAAAACUAUUAAUUUGAUUAAUACUAUUAACCUAAAGGAAUAUAAAGAUAGAAUACAUUAAAACGUCUUUUGGGAGAAGCAGAUGAAGAAUAUUAACCAGAUGAAAGAACUAUUGUAACUUAGAAUUAGUAAUAAUUUAUGCAACAAUAACCAUUUUUAUUUUAAUAAUAAUUAGAUUAAGGUAAGGGGCAAUAAGUAUUUGGAUAACAUCUCUAUCAUCAAAUUUAUAAUAAUGUGUAGAAUCCAUUAUAAACUGAAUAAGAGAAUUUUAAGUAACCAUAUACUUCUCAAAAUCUAUAUAAUCUUAAUUAAGAUUAAUAAACUUAGAAUAAUAUUCAAUAAAGCACAUUUUUAAAUGGAUUGAUGUCUAAUCAUAAUAAUACAUAAAUGAUUUAAGGAAAUAAUAUAUAACCAAUAUAAUCGAUAUCUCAUAUAAUUGAACAUCCAGAUAUAAAUAAAUAAAGAUAACAUUCAGAUGUAUCUUUUCCUCUUAUUGAUAAUGAUGAUUAAUAAUAAGAACAUAUUUAAAGAGAUGAAGAAAGGGCAUAAUAUAAUUCAAAUUAAAAAGAAAAUCAUUGA